AUGUCUGACGCACAAGCAGAAGUCGAGAAACUUGGCAGUGGCAGCAGCGAGGACUCUGGUUCUCAUCAUGCAGAAGUCUUUGAACGUCCAGCUGGAUGGAGGGGAUACUACCAACAUCCCAUCACCCAGGUUUCGAUGUUGGGAUUUGUGUGUUUCAUGUGCCCCGGCAUGUUCAACGCGCUUACUGGUCUUGGGGGGUGGUGGUCAAGUCAACAGUACGGACCAGGCCAAUUCCAACGCUACCUUGUACGCGACCUUUGCGUUUUUCGGGUUCUUUUCGGGGUAAUGACUGUUGUGGUUGGUUCCAGUUCCAUUAACAAUGUACUUGGUUCUCGACUAACUCUAAUGCUUGGCACCUGGGGCUACUCGUUGUAUAUUGCUUCCUUCCUCGCUGUCAACAUUCAUCCUGGUGCGGGUGCCUUUGUUGUCACAGCCGGUGCCAUCCUUGGCGUCUGUGCAGCUUUUCUUUGGACCGCGCAGGGCUCGUUAAUGAUGUCAUACCCCACUGAGGCUCAGAAGGGCAUGUUCAUCAGUAUCUUUUGGGCCAUCUUCAACCUUGGAGGGGUUGUCGGGUCUGCUGUCGCGUUUGGAAACAAUUUCAAGAGUGAGGCAAAUAGCGGUAAGGGGUACGUUGGCAAUGGAACAUACGUUGGUUUCUUGAUUUUGACUCUCAUUGGCGUAUUUCUCCCACUGUUCAUGGUGGAUCCAAACAAAAUGAUCCGCACCGACGGAACUCGCGUGAACACAGUCCGCCAUCCAUCCUGGAAGACGGAGUUCUUCAGCUUGUUCGUAGCCCUGAAGACUGACCCUUGGAUCAUAUUACUCUUUCCGAUGUUCAUUGCCAGCAAUUACUUCUACACCUGGCAAUUCAAUGAUUACAAUGGUGCAAUAUUCAACAUCCGUACUCGGGGUCUCAACAACUUCAUGUACUGGACAUCGCAAAUCUUUGGAUCCAUCUUCAUUGGUUACUUUGUCCUUGACCAAAAGAGAGUCCGGCGCAGAGUCCGUGCCUUCUACGGCUGGGUCCUUGUGUUUUUCAUGAUUUUUGUCGUCCACGUCUGGGCAUACUUUUACCAAAAGACAUAUACCCGGGCUGAAGAAGCUGUGGCUACUGCUUACAAAAUCGAUUUCUCGGACAAGAACUACCCCGCCCAUGUCUGGCUCAUGAUCUUCUAUGGCUUCCUGGACUCGAUGUGGCAGACAUAUGCAUACUGGCUAAUGGGUGCAAUGUCGAACGACCCCGCCAAGCUGGCUGUGUUCGCUGGCUUCUGUGCGUAUUUGACCUCGAAUCGGAAGUACGAGUUUGAUACUGAUCAAGAAACCCACACAGACAAGUCCCUGCAAUCAGCAGGUGCAGCAGGCGUCUGGGCUGCCGAUGGUGCUAGUCUCCCAUACAUGAACAUUUUCCUGUCAACGUGGUGCCUCACAGUCGCUGGCAUGAUCUUUGCUGCACCGAUGGUGUACCUUCGCGUCACUGACCAUACAGAGAUUGAGGACGAGGCUCUGAUGCAAAUGGCGGGCGUGGAACGGAUCGAGCCCCCAGUGGCUGCGACGUCGCAGAAGGCGUGA